AAUAUUUUCACAGCCCUCUUUUUGACUCGUGUAGUAUACAGGUCCUCAAUGGAAGGCAGGCUGCACUGGGCACUUGCUUAGAACCAUCAGCUAUACCAGCUUCAUUUUCCUUAUGUUACAAGGGUCUUUUCAAAUUGCUUUCUACUACUUACCACCUAAUGAUUUUUUUGGGGAGGAAGUGCUGUCACAUUUUGGUAUUGUACGGUUUAGCAGGCUUGAUGCUGGAAACAUCAUACAUCUUUUGGCUCCUGACAUUGGAAUGUUUCUUUUUGGUCUGACUGUCACCCUGCUUUGCCGUAAGACAGUGAAACUCAACAACUGGGAAAGUGAGCCUCCAUCUGGAGACCAAGAUCAGUUUUCUUCAGAUGAGGAAGAAGACAUGAAAGAGACGGAAUCUGAAGCAGAAACUGAAGAUACUGAGGACACAGACAUUGGUUGUCUGUUUGAAAAGGAUCAUUUAAGACACAGCCAUUCAGGUUUUCUUCUGAAAUUCACUUUGUUCCUAACAGGCUUGGAGAGACUUUGUGAAGACACACUUAGAACUACUGGAAAAGUCUUCAUUAUGCUUCUGUUAGGCUCAACAGGUAUAAUUCUACCUUCUGCAUGCUCAGCAGUUUAUUUCUUUACCUUCUUGGCUUUGUGCACCUGGUGGUCCUGGAAUUAUCCAAUCAGUCCAGUUCUCUUCAAUAGUUUGUGUGUUUUUCUUGCAAUAUUUUCCAUGGGGCAUAUCAUUGUGCUUUACUUGUACCAACUGCCAUACUUCCAGGACCUUAUUCCUUCAGAAGUCAUUUAUGUCAGGGUCUUGGGCAUAGUGCCAUUUAUUAAGACAAAUAUUACAGCACCUUGGAAACUACACAUUCAUCCUCACCUAAACUGGCCAGUGGCUUUGAAUCCUUUUUUCCUUCUUGCCCUGUAUUAUUUAUCGGUCAGAAUGUUGCAGCAGUGGGCAUUGCUUGAUAAGGGGCCCAAAGAAGAAGAUAUUCACUUUCAUUCUGAGGACUACGUAGAAAUUAAGAUGCAUUCUACGCUUCAGGUGGUUUCUCUUUCAAGUGAAAUUCCACAGCAAUGCCUCCUUUUGCAAUGUCAGAAUCAUAGCAGUUGCAGUAUGGAUGGCUAUUUAAAUCAAGGACACACUGUUUCUCUAUCAGAGCACACAAUAUAUUCUGAAACCUCCCCAGAAGUUCAUGAAAAAUGUAACAUGGAAAAAAAAUCUAGUACAUUCUUAGCAUUGGCACAAUUCAUUACAAAUCAGAGCUAUGUCAUUGCAUUGAUUACUAUGAUGGUUUGGAGUAUCACCUACAAUAGCUGGCUAACUUUUGUCCUGCUAAUUUGGUCCUGUAUAAUUUGGAUGGUACAUGACCGUCAACUCUAUGCCUUGCGCAGUUUACCCUUUCUUGUCUCCUAUGGAAAUGUACUGGUGAUUCUUAAUUUUAUUGUGGGACUGAAUCUUUCGCAAGAGGAAUUAUUUCCAGGAGUUGCAACUUCAUUACUCAUUGACUUGGAUUUGAAACCUUAUUCUAUUCCCUGUGUCCAUCUGGGGGCCAAGAUUUUAUAUCAGUUAACUUUCUGGUUAUUGUUGAAGCACUAUGUGAUGCAAAGGCAGAAGCAAAAAGAGGAGGGAUUUCUCAAAGAAGUGAUAGUACAUCAAACUGAAAUGGACACAUCGCAAAAUCUGUUUGUGGAAAUAUUUGGUUCUAUACUUAAGAGGAUCCUAAUAAAAUACUGGAUUUACUUCUGUUCCAUCAUGUUCUUUGUUGUCAGCUUCGAUGGCAAAGUGGUCCUGUAUAAAAUUCUUUACGUUAUCCUUUUUUUGUUCUGUGUGGCUUUAUAUCAGUUUCAUUACGAAGGAUGGCGACGAGUCCUGAAGGGAUUUUGGCUGAUAAGUGUCUCCUAUUCAAUGAUAGUCCUCAUUGCUUUAUAUACUUACCAGUUUGAGAUGGUUUCUGCAUUUUUCCUAAAAACUUUGGAAAUAUCAGAGGAAAGAUUAAAAGAUUUGGGCCUUGAGCAGUUCAGCAUAAGGGAACUUUUUACAAAGAUUCUAUUACCCUGUGCCUUUCUUCUUGUUUGUAUUGUUCAACUGCAUUAUUUCCAUAAAGAUUUCCUGAAUAUCACAGAUCUGACCAAUAUUUCUGUGAAUCCAUCUUCUUCAUCUGGCAGUGACAAGCAAAUGGAAAUUCUUGUGUGUCUUCUGGCUAAUAAGCUGGCUCCUGAGCCAUUACAACAGUCUUUUCCAGAUGGACUGGAGAAGUCUGAGAAUACUACAGAAAAUGUGGUAAAGGGGAAUAAAUGGGCAGAAGAAGUGGACAAGUUGGCACCUUGUCUUCUGAAGAUCAUAGCAAUGUCUCAGGAUAUGCAGAUUUUUGCAUGGAGAUUUCUGGAGCUGCACAUCCUUAAGAUUGUGUCCAUUUGCACUAUCUGGAUCACACUUCAAGAGGUGUGUUUGAUGAACUACGUUUUCUUUAUUGUGUGGACAUUUGCUAUUCCUUAUUCCAAAUUUCGGCCCUAUGCCUCAAGAAUCUGUACAUUUUGGUCUUGUUUGAUGGUCAUCUGUAAAAUGUUAUAUCAGCUGAAAUUUAUCAAGCCCUGGAAUUAUUCCUCAAACUGCACUCAGGAACUGUAUUUGAAUAUGACUUACCAUUCUAUCAAUGUUGAUGAGUUUUUGGAGAAAUCAUCUUUGUACAUGACACCAAUUGACCCAGCACUCUGGAUUGGAGGACUGAUGAAGUGCAGUGACAAUAUUUUUCUUUAUCUAAAGAACCAUCUUACCAUCAUGAUUCUAAUGGCUUUAGAAGCAACAGUGUAUCGCCACCAAUAUUUUUACAGGACUCAGAACCAACUAUUGCCACCUGUCACAGGUAGCCUUUUUAAUAAUAUUGCCCGGGAGAACUUGGAUGAAGGGCUACUCAACUGCAUCAAAUACUUUCUCAACUAUAGUUUUUACAAAUUUGGACUGGAGAUAUGCUUUAUGGCGGCAGUUAAUGUGAUUGGGCAACGCAUGGACCUCUAUGCACUUAUCCAUGCAAGUUGGCUGACUUACCUGUUGAGCUACCGUCAGAGGAAAGCAAUAGCCCAAGUCUGGCCCAAAUACUGUUUCUUCCUUGCCAGCAUUGUGGCCUUUCAGUAUUUGCUUUGUAUUGGUCUCCCACCUGCUUUGUGCCAAGAUUAUCCAUGGAGAAGUUCCCACUGGUUGUUCCCUUCAAAUCUGAUUAAGUGGCUUUAUCUGCCUGAUUUUGCUGAAAGACCUAAUACUAAUUUUCUCCUGUAUGAUUUCCUUCUUCUGCUUUUUGCUUCCUUCCAAUGGCAAGUUUUUGAAGAUGAGGAUCAGCCUGUAGUCAGGCUGCAAGCUGGAGAUAACUCAGAGAUUAAUCAAGAUUUGGGCCCAGCAGGUCUCAGUGAAUUCAGUCGGGUACCAAACUUUAUCCAUUGCAGAUCUUAUUUGGAUCUGAUGAAAGUGCUUAUAUUCAAGUACUUUUUCUGGAUUGCCCUUUGCCUAAUUUGUGUGACUGCAACAGCCAGGAUCAACAUCUUCUGUGUGGGCUACUUUGUUGCCUGCUUCUACUUUAUGCACUUUGGACAAAGCCUUCAUCUGAAGCCCCUCAGAGACAUUCUUAGACCAUGGGACUACGUGAUUGCUUACACUACUUUGGUUAUAACAGUAAAGAAUCUUCUUGCUGUUGGAGCAUGUGCAUACCUUAAUAAAUUACAAAUAAAUUACUGUUGGCUAAUUCAGACAUUUGCUAUGUAUUGCACAAUACCAGGAUAUGAAAUAGAUCCACCUAAUAAUGAGAUAUGUGAAUUGCCCAAGGAUGAAGCAGGAAUCCUGUGGGAUGCAGUAUGUUUCAUAUUCUUACUGAUUCAGAGAAGAGUUUUUAUGAGCUACUAUUAUCUCUAUAUUGUGACUGAUCUCCAGGCUACAGAUUUAUUAGCCUCCAGGGCAGCUGAGAUGUUUGAGUUGAAGCUGAAAAAAAAGGUGACUUCUCGGAUGGAAGAAAAUAGAAAAUCAAUAGAAAUCAUGAAAAAGCAGAUAGACCUGAUUAAACCAAAAUUUAAAAACCAAAGCUCCUGCAAAGUACUAGAAACAGAGUCUGAUCAGAAAUUGGAAGAGGAGGAUCCAGGAGAUGAUACCAGCAAGAUGGAAAAAGAGAAUAAAAAGAAUUGGUGGCAUCCAUGGAUGACACAAAACUCAGUGGUUCGAAUUAGGAGCUAUUGCCUUUUUGAUACAGAUAGUGAAGAUGAAGAAGAAGAAAAUGAACACUCUGAAAAGAGCAAAAAAGAAUUCUUUAAAAAGAAAACGGCAUGGCAGCUUGCAUAUGAAGCCUGGAUGAGCAAUGCAAAAUCAGCUCUAAAUAACAGAGAGCAAGAUGAAAUUAGAAGUCAAAGAAAUAAAAAGGAGGAGGAAACGAAAAAUGAGCAAUUGCCAGGGGUUGAAAGAGCUAAUGUCAGUUUGGAAUCCUCUGAUGAAAAUAUAGAGAUACUGGCUUCUGAAGAGGACUUGGAUAAGUCAGAAACUAUUGUGCAAAGAAUAAUCAACAUUAUUAAGCUUAUCUCCAUCUUGAUGCCUGCAUUGAAGGAUGAUAUUAUAGAAGCCCUUAAUUCCCUCAUUAAAGAUAAUUUGGACAUUGCUGAUGCAUUGAGAAUCAAAAAAUAUAUUCUUUCGCAACAGAUGAACAAGGGAAAUGAAGUUUCAGCAGAUAUGGUUCUACAACAUUACAGAUUUGGGAAUAAUCAGCCAGUUUAUGGAGAAUAUAAAGCCAAAGUAAUAGAAACUGAGGAAAGCCAAGACAAGGUAUCUGAAUCUCCACCAACUGAGAAUACUGAGCCUUUAUCUGUGCAACUCAGGAGAUCCAGUGAAACUGACAAAGAUGUAAUGGAGACUGAGAAGAUAGAAGGGGGAAAUGAAAAAGAAGCCCUCUCCCAAGGAUUCACUCUGAUCACUUCCUGUGCAGAACCUGACGUUCUUUCCAGUUCUCCAUCAGAAAUUCAAGAGUCUGCAGAUUCCUUGUUCACUAGAAGUCCAAAAGCCAACAAGCCAUUAGAUGAAAUAUCUACUAUGAUGACAACCAGUGAGCUGGUGCUUAACAGCAUUCUUCAUGACAAUGAGCUGGAGCAGUCAGAUAAAUUUUACCAGUGCCUUCCUUUUCCCUUGAAGCUGGGAAUUGCUUUGUACCAUGUUAUGGUCUCUACAUCAGAAAUGCUUUGUUAUUUUGUUAUCAUUGUCAACCACAUGGUUUCUGCUUCCAUUUUUUCUUUGGUUCUCUCCAUUUUGAUAUUCCUGUGGCCUAUGUUGUCCAGUCCAAGGCCUACCAAAUUCUUCUGGAUGACAGCAAUCAUUUACACUGAGAUAAUGAUUGUGAUCAAAUGUAUUUCCCAGUUUGGAUUCUUUCCUUGGUCUUCUAAGAUAUAUUGCAGUAUCAGUGCAGAAGCACCAUUUGCCUUGCCAAAUAUAAUUGGGAUUGAGAAGAAAGAUGGAUAUGCACAGAUGGAUCUGGUGCAGCUCCUAGCCUUGUUCUUGCACAGGUACAUCUUGAAGUGUCAAGGUCUCUGGGAUUCUAAAAUACUAGAUCCUAAGCAAAAGGACAUGAUCAAGAAAUCUAAGAAGAAAGAUUGCAAAGGUCAUUCGAAAGAACAUCAGUCUAGCUCAGAAGGAUGGCAUCUCUCUAGGAACAUUUUUAAGAGGGCUAAUAGAGACAAACCUCUGAAAGAAGCCCAGAAGACAUGCAGCUUUUUCAGAAAACCUCCAUCUGGCAAGAAGAGACAUUCUAAAGAAACAAUAAACCAGAAGAUACUUAAGACAAAAAUUGUGCUUUGGAUUUAUCGGCCUAUCAAGCAGUUCUUCUAUGACAUCACUUAUCCUGAGAGCAACCCAGUCUGUGAUAUCUAUGCUUUCAUCUUCACUGCUGAUGUGAUUAGUUUUAUUAUUGCCAUCUUUGGCUAUGGGGCGCUUGGGAGGCAUUCAGACAGUGAUAUCACAGAAUCCCUUUUGGAAGAUGAAGUUCCUGUACCUUGGCUUAUGAUACUCUUGAUACAGUUUGGCACCAUGAUAAUUGAUAGGGCACUCUACCUAAGAAAGAACAUGUUUGGGAAGUGUGUUUUCCAAAUGAUCUUGGUCUUUGGCAUUCAUAUUUGGAUGUGUUUCAUUUUGCCACAAGUAACACAAAGGAGAUUUAACAGGAAUAGAUUGGCUCAGCUGUGGUAUUUGGUCAAGUGCAUUUCUUUUGGUUUGUCCACAUAUCAGAUCAAAUGUGGCUACCCAAAUCGGACCAUGGGCCACUUUUUAACCAAGAAUUACAACAAUAUAAACCUCUACUUUUUCCAAGGAUUCCGCAUAAUACCUUUCUUGGUUGAGCUGAAGGCUGCCGUGGACUGGGUCUGGACUGAUUCUACACUCAGCCUCUCCAGUUGGAACUCCCUAGAGAAUAUUUAUGCAAAGAUUUUCAUUAUAAAAUGUCAGAGAGAGUGUGAAAAAAAAUAUCCCCAACCUCCUGGGCAGAAGAAGAAACCAAUUAUGAAAUAUAGGAUGGGUGGCAUCACUAUCUUCUUACUUGUCUUCAUUGUAUGGUUUCCACUUCUUCUUAUGUCAUUGAAAUCUGUGGCAGGUAUCACCAAUCAGCCCCUGGAUGUCUCUGUCAAAAUUACCAUCAGUGGUUAUGAGUCCUUGUUCACUAUGAGUGCUCAGCAACAAAAUCUGGUUCCUUUCACUCAUGCAGCUUAUAAUCAACUCACUGCUCAAUAUGCUCUCUAUCCUUCUGCCUCGUACUUUAUAGAUGACUAUAGCCCAGAGGACAUUGUAAUUGCUAAAAUAAAAGGCAAUGCCAGCCUGCUUUGGAGCAUCAGUCCAGGGAAUCGGAAAGCUAUAAUCGCAGAGCUUUCCAAUUCCUCUGCAGUUUACGUCAACUUUCACUGGACUCUAACCAGGAAUGCUUCUAUUGUGAUGAAUAUUGAAGCAUCUGGUGUACAUACUGUGCGAUAUGGAGAGAAGGAAAUAAGGGAUCAAAUCAUUCACAUGCUCUCUGGGACUCGGACUGAACCAAUUGUUCUUCCUGGUAUUCUACCAAAAUAUCUCAGAGCAACUUAUGCGGCAGAUGCUAAAAUAGCAAAUAACUUGAAAGUUGUUCAUUCCCAGAAGUUAGAAGACAUUGAUGCGUUGGCCUUCUUCAGAAAUAUAACCAUAAAGCUGCAGCACUUGCCAGACAAGAAGUCUUCAAGUCAUGUUACUGAAUGGUGGAUUGUUAAAGAGCAGACGCCUCUCUGUUUGGAUAACAGAUGCAGCAAGAAUAUGGAGAUUAUAAUUUGUAACGAUAAAGUUACUCCUUCUGGCCUGGGAUAUAUCACUUCAUAUGGCAUUAUCGGUCUCUAUAUGUCAUUUGUUAUGGUUAUUGGGAAAUUCAUCCGAGAAUAUUUCAGUGGCCUCUCGCAUUCCAUCAUGUUCGAAGAGCUGCCCAAUGUGGACCGCAUCCUGAAACUGUGCACAGAAAUCUUCUUGGCCAGAGAGGCUGGAGAAUUGGAACUAGAAGAGCAGCUUUUUGCUAAACUCAUCUUUCUGUACAGAUCACCUGAAACGAUGAUCAAAUGGACCAGAGAACGCAAGGAAAAAUAAAAAGCAGCAUGGAAGGGAGAUUACUAUUAAGGAACUCUACAACUCCCACUUGGGAGUUGGGCAUCACUCCACAGGACAUCAAGGCAAUGUUGUUUUGGUGUAUUGGAUAUUUAAUCUGCAUUAUGGAGGUGUGCAACUACAUGUGAGAUUUAAUAUCCAGGGUGUGAUAUGUAGUUUUAUAUGUACAGAGAUUGAAUUCUAUAAUGCUGAAUAAUGAUUUAGGCCAGGGGAAAUCUUUAGUAAGUGGAAACUGUUCCUAUGAUACCCCCCCUUUAAUUGUAUGCAGCCUGAUUUCAAAUUACCAAUUCAGUUCAACAGAGCAGUAAAAUUAGCAAUUAAUUAGGAAUUAUGUCUUUAAUUUGUCAAAUAAUUGUGGCAUGAACAAAAUGAAAUGUUAACAUAGGCAUACAAAUAAAAUACAGUUUUGUA